AUGAACUUUGUUCGCCGUGUCUUUACAAGCAGUCCUGCGUUGAGUGCGCUGCCCAUAUCUGAGACGCCAGCGUCACUCAAUUAUGCACUCUCAAGCUUUCGCUGGCAUUUGGACUCUCGUUCACCCAGUAAGGCUAUUCUAGUUCACGAUUUUUUAUCAUCAUCAGCUUCCUGGCAACAAUUAUUGCACGAGAGUCUCGGUAGACUUCCUCUCUCACAAUUAACACCUAAAGUUCCACUGGAACUCUAUGCAGUAGAUCUACGAGGACACAACUUCUCUAAAACUCUGCCAUGUCCUGCAGAUGAAACAAAGUUUACAUUAGCGUGUGCUGCUGAUAUUGCGUUACAUCAGAAGCAAAUAUUACGAACAGAUGCGAAAUUGGUUGGUAUGGGCUUUGGUGCUCUUGUUGCAUGCCAGGCUGCGCUUCAUUCCCCUCACUCUGGCUUUGAUUCUCUCACGCUUUAUGUGAAUAGCCCUUCACAGUUGAUGACAUGUGACCCUUCACACUACUCUCUUCCUUCUAUAAUUGGUAGUGUACCUAAAGAGAUUAAAACCCUCAAUGAGCUCAAUCAGUUUCUUCUGAAAAGGGUGCCAAAUACGGUUGAGAGAGCUCUUAUCUUUUCUAACGUGGAUCAACUGGAUGGAACAAUUGAUUUUCGUUUUAGCAAUGAGGUUUUAAAUUAUCGUAGUCCACUAAAAUGGACAAUGGAUAUUGAUGAAAGUGUCAUGUUCACAAAACAAGUGACAGUAUUUUAUUGUUCUGAUGAACCAUUCCCAGAAGAGGUUAACAAUAAGUUUAUGAAACAUUUCCCUAAAGCAAAAUUUGUAAAACUUGAAGGCACACAAGGUGGGGAUCUUUCUGGUUUGUACGCUCAGGGUCCUUAUGUCGUUCGUACCCUUUUAGAAUCGAUGGACUUGCUUGGUGAAGUGGAGAUGGAGGAAUAA